AAAAAGGGGAGACCAAGAAAACAUCCGAAACCAGCCAUGGUGGAAGGGACAUCCACCAGACAAGGAGAAACAAGAACUGCAACUCGUGGGACCCAUUCCAAUGUUAUCAGAGCUGAGAAAAGAAGAGUUCGACAAGGAUACGGAUUAUAUGUCUUAGAAUCCACUGGAAACUCAUAUUUUAGGUGGACUGGAAGUGACAUAAUCCAUGAAAUUAACAUUAAUAAUGCAAAUGAGGCUCCUGGAGCCUCUACAAGGCAGAUAAGAGCCUCUACAAGUUGGACAGACCAUGUCUCAACCCAAGCUUGUGGACCAUGUGGAAGUCAAGAAUCUACAAGCCGUGCCUCGCACUGAUUUGCAUGUGUAAGUUCCGUGAAUUAUGCUGGUUGAACAUUGUUAUUGGUGGUUGUUGGCUAAACAUGAUUGUUUUGUUUGAGCUAUUACGGGUAUACCAUCUAUUGAUCAUGUAAUGUAGUUGUGUCAUUGGGUACAUUGUGCUUGGUUUGGUAGGAAGGAGAAAUGUACAAUUUAGAAAUGCUGCUACAAGGAUGAGUGCUUGCUGGUUGCACAAUACGCUAAGUCCGCUAAGUCUGAACGUACAAGGAUGAAUGAUUGCUAAAUAAAUUGUGGGCUGCCAUGAAUGAAUGUGCUUUAGACUAAUCCUAUUAAAUGUUGGUUCACUUCUAUGAGAGAUUAAUGUUCUAACAAGGCUUAUGUUGGAAUAAUCACUUUCCUGGCUUAGGCUAUUUCAGAUAAAUCUAUCAGUUGGAUAAUGUUGCUGUUAUGAAGAUAAUUUAGUUGCUAUUUUCUUACAGAAUACCAUCUGCUAUUGGCCUUUCUAUUAAUGCAAGUGUAGCUGAUCAGAGGAUAGUCCAGAGGAGGAUUUGCUCAUUAUGUUUGAAAAAUUUCUUCUAACUAUUCAUGCAAAUAUUUUUCCGUUUUAUUUUUUAUUUAACUUCUUGAA